AUGUCGGUGCACUACACUCUCAAUUUGCGCGUCUUCUGGCCCCUGGUGACCGGCCUGUGCACCGCCCUCGUGUGCCUCUACCAUGUCCUGCGGGGAAACGCGGGCGCCCGAACCGAGGCCCCCGACGGCGCGGAUGGCGGCUUCCCGCUGCUCAAGGUGGCGGUCCUCCUCCUCCUUGGCUACAUCCUCCUGCGCUGUCGCCACGCCGUCCGGCAGCGCUUUCUGCCCGGGCCUCCCCGCAUGGGGGGCCACUCUGCCUUCUCGGCUAAACACUUCCCCGAGCCCAGCCUAGACAUCUUGCUGGAGAGUUACUACGAACACGAGGUGCGCCUGUCGCCGCACGUGCUGGGCCACAGCAAGGCACACGUGAGCCGCAUCGUGGGCGAGUUGGUGCGGGCUGGCCGUGCCCGAGGGUCCCCAGGCCCCAUCCCCGGGGGAGCGCUGGCCUUGGCCUUCCGCGGAGACUUCAUCCAGGUAGGGAGCGCCUACGAGCAGCAUAAAAUCCGCCGGCCCGACGGCUUCGACGUGCUCGUGCCGCUGCGCCUCCCUCCCCUGGUGGCCCUGGAGCCGCGGAGCCUGGGCGCAGAGCCCGAGCUGGCUCCAGCCUUCCACGGCUGCUUCGUGUGUGCACUCAAGGCGCCGCCAGGGGCUUCCGGCGGCCACUGGCUCCGGGACUGCAAACCCUUCUCCGACGGCUUCUGCGUGGAUGUCCGCGGGCGGCGCCUCCUUUCGGCCACGCUGGUACUGCGCUGGUUCCAGGCGCACCUGCAGCGCUCCCUGGCCACCGUGCGCUACAGCCUGGAGGGGCGUUGUCGGGUCAGCCUGACCCCGGGCGGUCUGGAGCAGCCGCCCACCCUACACAUCUUGCCCUGCCGCACCGAUUACGGCUGCUGCCGCCUUUCCAUGGCCGUGCGACUCAUCCCUGCCGUCCAUUUGGGCGACAGCGUCUUCCUGGUGGCGCCACUACCGCCGCCCUCACCUGCCGGGCCCCUGUCGGAGCUCCCGGGAGGCCUGCGUGCCGAUGCCCUGUGGGGGGUGAACACAGCGCGCCAGGAGCAGAAGCUGCUGAGCUGGCUGCAGGAAAGGGCCCCCCCAGGUGCCUGCUACCUCAAGUGCCUGCAGUUGCUUAAAGCUCUGCGAGACCUUGGCGCCCGCGGGCUGGACCCGACGGCCGCCGCGCAGUGGGGACGCAUCCUCUCCUCGUACGUGCUCAAGUCGGCGCUGCUGGCGGUGCUGCAGCGCGAGGGGGCUCCGGCACCAGGCUGGGACGAGGCGCACCUGGGCGACCGCCUGGAGGAGCUAGUGCAGUUUCUCAGGGACUGCCUGCUGCGACGCCGGACGCUCUUCCACUGCGUCCUGGGCCCUGGAGGGGCGGCCACCGAGGUGGGCCCGCUACCCAAGGUACUGCGUGAAGCUGCCCCAGUUGACCUCCUGGCGGCUUUCGACCGGCAGGUUCGGGAACUCACAGCGGCGCGGUUGCUGUCCACGUGGCGAAGGCUGCCCCAGCUUCUCCGCGCCUAUGGUGGUCCCCGCUACCUUGUCAGGUGCCCGCCACCCCGGAGUCAGCGCACCCAAGGGUUCCCUGAAGAUGAACCAUAA